AUGCCUCUGAGUCCGGCUGCUGACACCAAACAUGAUCGCCCGCGGCAACAGGCGGUUACUAACGGCAACCCGACAGGCUCUGCUGUUGCCAGGGACGACGACGCGGAUGACCCGUCGCCUGGAAACAGCAUCGUCGUCCGCAUCGGCAUCCCGGACCUGCAGCAGACGAAGUGCUUGCGGUUGGACCCAGAGUUACCAGUCUGGACCAGUAAGCAGAGGGUUCUGGUGACCUUGACUCAGUCUCUGUCGGAUGUUUUGAACUAUGGUCUCUUCCAGCCGGCGUUCAACGGCCGAGCCGGAAAGUUUCUGGACGAGGAGCGGGUGCUGAAGGAGUACCCCCUGCCCCCCAUCACCCCCAUCCCCUACCUGGAGUUCCGUUAUAAGAGGAGAAUUUACACUCAGACCUACGUGGACGAUAAACAGCUGGCCAAGUUACACACCAAGGCCAACCUGAAGCGCUUCAUGGAACAUGUUGCUCAGAAGAACGUGGAGAAACUUUCCAAAUGGCUGGAGAAGGGCCUGGACCCCAACUUCCACGACGCCGACACGGGGGAGUGUCCCCUGACGCUGGCCGUGCAGCUGGAGGACAGCUGUGAGCUGAUCAAAGCCCUUCGCAGCGGGGGGGCUCACCUGGACUUCAGGACCAGGGACGGGAUCACCGCUCUGCACCGAGCCGUCCUCUGCAGGAACAGCGCCGCUCUCACAACGCUGCUCGACCUCGGUGCGUCUCCGGACUACAAGGACAGCAGAGGUCUCACUCCGCUCUACCACUCUGCCAUGGUGGGGGGCGCCCCCUACUGCUGCGAGCUGCUACUGCAGGACCAUGCUACCAUCGGGAUGACUGAUGAGAACGGGUGGCAGGAGAUCCACCAGGCAUGUCGCUAUGGUAACGUGCAGCACUUGGAGCACCUGCUGUUCUAUGGCGCUGACAUGAGUUCCCAGAAUGCAUCAGGAAACACCGCACUGCAUCUCUGUGCGCUCUACAACCAGGACAGUUGUGCCCGAGUGUUGUUGUUCAGAGGAGCGAACAAGGACAUCAAGAACUACAACAACCAGACUGCCUUUCAGGUGGCGAUCAUUGCUGGGAACUUUGAUUUGGCAGAAAUCAUUAAAAUCCACAAAACCUCUGAUGUUGCAGUACCCUUCAGAGAAACUCCCUCCUACACCAAACGCCGCCGCGGCGGCAGCAGGACGUCGGCGGGAAACGGUCUCUCAUCUCCUCGUUCUCUGAUUCGCUCAGCCAGUGACAAUGCUCUUGAAAGCCCCGCCUCCUCUCCCGGCCCCUCCCUCCAAAGCCUGGAGACUCACCACGACACGCACACACACUCGCUACGACGUCACACACGGCGCCUCAGCCCGAGCACCGGAGGUCAUGUGGAGGCCAGUCCCCCGCCCUCCCCUCCCCCGACCCCCCAGAUGAGGAAGAGGAGGCUGUACAGCGCCGUGCCGGGACGCACCUUCAUCGCCACCCGGUCCCACGUCCCCCAGGGGCCGGGCGAGAUCCAGCUGCACCGAGGAGAGAGGGUGAAAGUUCUGUCUAUAGGUGAGGGGGGGUACUGGGAAGGCAGCGUUAAAGGAAGAACUGGUUGGUUCCCUGCUGACUGUGUUGAAGAAGUUCAGAUGAGACAAUACGACCCCAGACUGGAGACGAGGGAGGAUCGCACCAAGAGACUGUUCAGACAUUACACUGUAGGGUCCUACGACAACUACACCUCCUACAGUGACUACGUGAUCGAGGAGAAGGCGGCCGUGCUGCAGAAGAGGGAGAGCGAGGGAUUCGGCUUCGUCCUCAGAGGAGCUAAAGCUGAGACGCCCAUCGAGGAGUUCGCCCCGACGCCGGCGUUUCCUGCUCUUCAGUACCUGGAGUCAGUCGACCAGGGGGGCGUGGCUUGGAGGGCGGGGCUACGGACUGGAGACUUUCUCAUCGAGGUGAACGGUACGGACGUGGUGAAGGUGGGUCACCGGCAGGUCGUCUCUCUGAUCCGACAGGGAGGAAGUCGCCUGGUGAUGAAAGUCGUGUCCGUUUCCAGGAAGUCAGAAUCCAACCUCAUCAGGAAGAAAGCUCCGCCCCCUCCAAAACGAGCCCCCAGCACCUCGCUCACGCUCCGAUCCAAGUCCAUGACCGCUGACCUGGAGGACAUCGAUAAACUGGAUGAGAUGUUGGCCAGCGGUCAACAGGAAGUCGUCCUGAGGGCGCGGCCUGCGGACGACUUCCGAGCGGCGACGGUCAAACAGCGACCGACCAGCCGGCGGAUCACACAGGCUGAGAUUAAUUCUCUGUUUGAGCGGCAGGGUCUGGUUCCCCCCUCAGCCCCAGAGAAGAGCACCAUGGCUCUACCCAGAGGAAUGUCCAGAACCAAGAGUUUUGGCACACCUGAGGACGACCGAGUCUCCGCUCUGAUCAACGAGAGUCGGUUUCCACGGAGCUCCUCGCUGACGGACAGCUUCAUCCCUCCUCCUCCUCAGACUGCUCCUCCCCCUCCUCCCGCCGCCUCCGCCACCUCCCCGCUCUUCCUCCUCGACUCCGGACCUCCCCCCUCCUUCCUUCCCCCUCCUCCCCCUGCCCGGGGGGAGGGGCUGACCCGCUCCAGCUUCAAGCCAGGGGCGGAGCCGAGGCUGCAGGAGCUCUCUGACUCUCCGUCGAGAAGCCACUCCCACGCCGAGCGUCAGAGGAAAGCGAGGUCGAUGAUCAUCCUGCAGGACACGCCCCCGUCGCUGCCGCCGGAUGCACACGCCGUCGCCCCCCCGCACGCGCUGCACUCUGCCACACACACCGCCAUACACACCUCCACGCUCUCUCUCCACAGCACUAGCCCUGCCCUCGGCCACUCACCACUAUCACGCCGCAGGGGUCGACCAAUAGAAAACCCUUAUGCUAACGUGGGACAGCAGGCUCCACCCACCAAACCGCAGAGGAGGAAGUCACCUCUGCUGAAACAACUUCCUGUAGAGGAGCAGGGACUUGGGAUCAGAGAUUAUGAUUUGUCCAAAUUAGACGGAGGAGGUCUCGGCAGCCCCAGCAGGGCGGAGAUGUACCAGCAGCAGGUUCUUUCAGAGCGCGCUCGGGUACAGGGCCGCCGGUCGUCUCUCUUCCUGUCGGUUGAGGGGGCGGGGUCUGAAAACCAGGUGCCACCCCUGCUGACUUUGAGCCAUUCCAUGGACGACCUCGGGGAGCUUCCUCCUCCCGCCCAAGUUCUAUCACCUUCCCCGACACCUCACACCUUCCUCCACCCACUAACAGGAAAACCUCUCGACCCGUCCUCCCCACUCGCCCUGGCUCUUGCGGCACGAGAACGAGCGCUCACUGCCAGAACCCCGAGUCCUGAGCCUCGAGCUAAACACGCAUCUGCCUCCACGACACCCAUCCCCACCCCGUCCGCAAGCCCAGAGGGCAGACACAAGCGCACCCCUAUCGCCACCCCUCAGGGCAGCCCUGAGCCACGAUCCAAACGCACAACUCCACAGACGAGCCCCGAGCAGCGAACCAAGCGCACAACUCCUCAAAGCAGCCCGGAGCUGAGGCAUAAACGCAUAACCCCGCCUCUGUUCCCUGAUGGACAGGUAGAACGUCCAGAGACAGAGGGAGGAGUAACAUCACCUGCUGGCCCAUCUCCUGAACGUUGGAGACCCACCCCCUUGCCACCACUGGCCAGUGAGAGUCACUCAGCUCUGAUUGACAGGCGCAGAAGCCUUACAGUGGGCAGCUCAGAGGAGGAGGGUGGGGCUUACACAGUGACACUCCCACCAGCAUUGUUGUCGUCCAGUGAUGAGGAAACUAGGGAGGAGCUGCGCAGAAUUGGUCUUGUGACUCCUCCCCCUGCCUUUGCCAGUCCUACUGCUCCUCCUCCCCCAUCCUCUCUUACACUAUUACCACGGCGAGUUGGGGAGGGAGGGGGAGAGGGCGGCCCUGAGGAAGAAGGAAGUGAUGAACGGCUCCAUGACAGCUCCUCGCCCAGUUCACUCCCUCCCUCCAUUACCUUGGCCUCCCCUCCAGCUCCAGCUUCCCCCACCUCCCCACCUGCUACUCACCAAGCUUCCUCGUCUGCCGUCACUUCCCCAUCAGGCCUCAAGCCUCGUCUUCGUUCACCAAUCGGCCGGGGUCGUUCUGCACUUCGGGACCCGCUGCAGAAGCAAUCAUCAGACAGUGAGCUUCUCCCCUCCACUGCAUCCUCCUCCCCUUCUUCACCACUCUGUUCCUCCCCCACCAGCCGACAGCCACGCUACCUAUUCCAGAGGAGGUCCAAGCUGUGGGGAGGAGGGGAUGACCGCGGGGAGGAACGCCGGGGCCUCAGCCCAGAGGAAGGAGGGGGCCGUCCAGCAGCACUGGGAGGUCAGGGGUCGGCGUCGGUUGUGGAUCUGACCAGUCGCUCGGCAUCAGCUAUGGAGCUGAGUGGCAGGGCAGGUUCUGGACUGGAUCUGGUGAAUCGGCUACAGCUGCUCAACAAAGACAGUCAUUCUCUCGGGGAGGAGCCGAGCCCUCUUGACCCAGGCCGGCGGUCACCAGUAGGAGGUGCCAGAUGUGUGGACAGAGGAGAGAGUAAACCGUUGUUCUCCAGUCUCGGUGAACUCCACACCAUCUCCCAGCGAGGAUAUGGCGCAAGCUACACAGUCCGGCCAGGAAGUCGCUACCCUGUCACCCGCCGGAGCCCCUCCCCCUCUCCUUCCCCCUCUGAUAGGUCGAUAGGGCUCGCCUCCUCCCCCACCCCAUGUUCUGAAAGGCCAGAUCUGAGCUCAGGUCGCGGUCUAACCAUCCUGAAGUCCUCCAGUCUAAGUCUCCCCUCAGAACCAAAGGAGGUUCGCUUUGUGAUGCGAAGCGCCAGCGCACGAACCAGGUCCCGUUCGCCUUCACCUUCCCCCCACGCCUCACCUUGCCCCUCCCCAGUACUCAGUGGCCCCCUGUUGGCCCUGAGGCCAUGGAGGCAGCGGCCCCUCAACCUGUGGAAUAAAUAUGACGUGGGUGACUGGCUGGAGAGCGUGGGUCUAGCCGAACAUCGCCAGCGCUUCCAGGAGCACGAGAUUGAAGGCUCCCAUCUCCCCGCCCUCACCAAAGAGGACUAUGUGGAGCUGGGCGUCACCAGACUGGGGCACCGGAUCAACAUCGAGAGGGCACUGAGACAACUGCUGGAUGGUUCCACUUGACCCCGUAACUGCUGAUCACUAACCUCUAAACAUCCUGAACUGUGACCUCAUAACCCCUGACCUCUGGUCAGACUCUAGGCUAUCUCCUUGACCAUGAUAUCUUAGCAAUGACUGAAUCUUUAAACCUUUUUACCAACGCAGAGCCCAACUUUCUGAAUGAUCUCUGUGACAUUUUGGCUCGUCAGCUGUUUGAUCAUCUCCGUGUUGUGAAGGGUGGUAACAUCAAGGUCUGAGUCCAGAGAGCCGUCCUUCAUUUUGACUUCUGCUCACACUUAGUGUCCACUGAUCAAACUGUAAAACCCUAAACUAAAUGUAUUAUGUCUCUAUUUAUAAGCUCAGAAGCCAACGAGGCAGCAGCUGACUCUGGUGCCAUUUUGAUGAAUCAUCAUUUAGUUUAAAGCUACGUUCGUGCUACCUGUUAGCUCUUGAGCUUUAGUUCGAAAGCAACCGGAGCAAUGAUGUGUUCGUACGACCUUGAGGUAAAAAGAGUUUGAAAAUAUGUCAAACCAAGCUGAGAUUGGAGAAGAAUAUUUAAAAGCGAUAAUCUUUAGGAUUUUUUAGGAGCCUCUUUGCCUUCGAUGAUACGUCACAUGACCCAUUAGCGUACGGGACUGUUCACUGAACACCGAGCUGAACGUUCUCAUCAGGUGAAGAUACGUUGAUCAAAAAGCUGAUGUGACAAACUGAAGACAGAGUUCAUGAGACAGGUUCUUUUCCUCUUUCCUGAUCACUCACACCUGAUUAGCUGGACUUUUGUUAGCGGAGCUGGACGAUUAGCGAGUCUCGACCUUAACAACAGGAGAUUCUUGCGGACGAUACGUCUCCGCACCUUUUAAAAGAAAUUUUCUUGUGUCUUAGCAUUUUUUCUUUUUCCAAAUAUCACUCACGAAGAUUUUGUGUUGAUUUUCUGUUUGUAUCUUAAUUCCGAUCAUCUAGAACUUAUGAAUAACAAGUAAUAAUAAUGUGGUGGUGAUGACUUACAGAGUUUUAAUAGUUUGGACAAUAACUUUGAGUUACUUAUGAUUUGACAAUGAGUUGAAUUUCAAGGUCGUUUCGGUGAUGUUUGAGAAUUCAUGAUGAUUUGUCAAUGAGUAUGACUUUGUGCUGAUGUGCUGUGUGUUUCAGGGAGAGCUGCAGCCGAGCUCCAACUGUAAACCUCUCUGGUUUCUAACCUGCUUAUCGAGGGCUUACUGUACAUGGUGCUAUGUGUUUAAAGCCAUCUGUACAGAAAAUACCUUUCUCCUUCCCCUUCUAUACUUUCCUCACACCGACACCUGAAUCUCUUAGGUUGACCCCUGUAACUCAAGUGAGUAAUUCCUAAAUUAAAUAUGGCAGUACCUGCCGUUACCCCUGAUAUUACAGUAACUUGUCAGAAACAGGCCAAAAAUGGAGUUUCCUCCCUGCCAUAUUGGGGAUUCCUUCCCUGCCAUAUGUGGAGUUUCCUCCAGACCAUAUACAGAGUUCCCCAGAGGCCGUGAAUGGAGAUGUUUUCACUUAGAGCUGCAACGACUGAUCAAUCUGCAUCGAACCUCUCGUAAAUUUCAGCAUCACGUUAGACCAUAGACUGUAAAUAAAAAUGGACGACACAUCUCCACCUCCUCCCGUUCUCCAGAAGUGAAGCCAAAAUAGAGCCAUUUUGCCUCUUAAUGAUGACCAAUCAAUAAUCAGAAUUGUUGCAGAUGAAUUUUUCUUGGCUUGACUAAUUGUUGGAAACAGAUUCUCAGUAAAAAUAGUAAAUUUAUCAUUUAACUAUUGCAGCUCUAAUGUAACGGCUUUUUAAAAAGGAAUUCUCUUUUAAACAUAUUACCUGAAGAUCAUCAAUGUGGAGGAGUUUAGCCUAGCUUAGCACAAAGACUGUAAGCAGAGGGAAACUGCUAGCAUAGCUCAAACUAAAAUGAAAGAAUUACACCUCCCAACAGCAACGGGGUCUCAUUUACAUGUUGUAACUCGUUAUUUAACAAACUGGUUGUAGAACCAGACGCAGGAAAAAGCUUCGAAGACGACAAACUGCUGCUAAAACCAUCUUUCAUUUUUAUUGUUGUUGUCUUUCUAAACCUGUACGAUAAACAGGUUACAGCACGUAAAUAAGACAUCUCCGAAGUUGCUGGAAGGUGUAGAAUUUUAAAAACGUAUUUGCUUUAUAUCACUACAAUUAAAAUGUAUUCUCAGUAUUUUACAGGAACUCCAAACAACGAUCUUGUGAUGUAACACGUCUCCUCUUGACCUCCGCUAAAGCACAAUCAACGUUUCAGUGCCUGUUUCCACUUUGAAUCAAUCAACCGCGUUUAUCCCUCUUGAUUCCGACUUUAGUACAUGAACAUGUGACGCAAUGACCGCGCCCUUUUAUAGAAGUAAUACCUGCCCAUGGCAGACCAGAGGAGAAUGUAUAGUCCAUGUACAGCACAUCACAGUAGACUAUAUAGUCUCUUGAAUAUAUAUUAUGGUAGAAUAAUGUAGCUAUAGUGUAAUAUAUAAAGUAUAGUAGAAAAUGACAUUUAUACAGGAAUAUUUUGGUCUAUGAGGUCUUUAUCCGUUUGUGGUAUUCAGACUUUGUAAACACCUACAUAUCAGCUGUUAGCCUGAUGCUAAUAAAAGAUAAGUUUCAAAACAUCAAAGCUCACAUUCUUGAACAACAUGGCAACGUCCCUGUGUCGUAUACACAAUGUAUGAGGACAACACGACAUAACACGGCCAAUCAGCCAGCUGCGCGUUCGCCCCCUGUGGCCAACUGCAGUAGUACAGCAACACAAAAUACUUCCUGUUCACCUCAAUUAUAAAUUACAGUAAAACUGUUGAGGACUCAAAUCUUAUCAAGAUCAAUUCUAACUUUUUGCAUGCUGACCAGACUUUUUAAAUGAUGAAGGUUUUAUAUUUGUAAAUGUUUCCCACAACUCCAACAAGCUAUUUGUAUGUGUGAGACGUUCCAGUGAAAAAGCUGAAGACAACCAGAAGGAGAUUUGAUUUCGCGUGAAGAAACACGUAGAUUUGAAUGAAUGGGGGACAACUUCCAAACCAGUUCUUAAUACAUCCGGAAUCUCUCCUGAAAAUCUUUGUAAACUUAAUCCGCAUAAAUCUACAGACAGACGCAGUUAGUCAGAAGGUGGUGGAGACCAAAACAAGAGCUAAAAGAGAGGGAGACAAACUCCACAUGAAUCAGAGUUCAACAUAUCAUCUUUAAAAGUUGAUAUGUCAACUUGAUGUCACCUUUUAUCGCACGUUCUAAUAAAAUGGACGCCAAUGACCACAAAGUAUAAUAAAAAGAUUCUACGUAUAAUUUGCUGCCUCUAAAAUCUGAAUUUAGUGUGACCCUGUGGACUGAUUAACAUGCACUGCCCAGUAAGCAUUGGACAUUUAAUGAUUCAUUUAAAUUACGUCUUCUCUACGCUUGACUAUCCAAAUGAAACCAGCUGUUUACACCACAAACAUCUUUUAAACAAACAUUCCUGGUUUCACAGAACAAGAAAGUGCCUGGUGUGUAGCUGUUUACACUGAGUGAAUAUCACGCUGGACAGAUAUAUGCUCUAUGUCUGUGUAGUAUAUAUCACCCUGGACUAAAUGUACUGUACAGAGUCAUUCGCGGAUGGAGACGUCGCCUUCUCUGCAACAAUUACAGUAGUUUGGUUCAGUGAGGACAUGUGACCUCGGGUCCCUGCUGUCUGUUGCUCAGUCUAAAUUACAUGAAGAUCUUCUUACAUCAGGAAACUCGAUUCUUCUUACAUCAGGAAACUACUUCCAAUUAACUGAGAAAAAACGUAAUAUUUCUAUCAACCAGAUAGAAAUUUGAAAAUCGUUAUUAUUAUCCAGUCCUAAUGUACUAAUUCCUCAACUUCCUGCAGAUUGGCUGAGAAUCCUGGCUUUUAACUUCUGUGUGAAACCCUCCUCCUCCUGAUUUUCACCUGGUUCUAAUGGUUUUAUGGUUUUAUGGUUACCCCCCCGACCCCACCCCCCUUUUCUGGCUUCCUCUUUUUAAAGUAUGUUUGUAGUUUCUUUUGGAGUGAGUGGCGUGAGUUGUAUAUUUUUUUUCCUUUUCUAAAUGAGCACACGAUGACAACUGAUGAGCUCUGCAACGCAACAGACUGUAAUCUUUAUAAUAAACUGUCAUUUACUACAAAGUUA